UCAAGUAGGCUAACGGACCUUUUACGUCUGGGGGAGGAGUCACAACACAAGGAGGAGGAGCAAGGCCAGCGGGAUAGUUCCUCUACUAUCCACGCCACCAACUAUUACCUUUAGUAAUCAGGUGGCGAGCCACCGAGCCCGAAGCGUGGCGAGCGUACUUUUCGGGUACCCUGUUCGCCCGUAGCUCCUCCCCCUUGUGACGUAGCUCCUCCCCUAGAUACGUCAGAAGGUCCCUUCUCCCACUCCGAUAUAGAAUCAACCCUGACCGGAGCCGGAGGAAGAGGGAAGCGGCGACGUCCCGGGCAGAGUACACUGGGCCCCGGCUCCCUGGCCUGCUGCACCGAUCCCGCAGCCUGUGAGGCUCUGUGUGGUCAUGUAGAUUGUGUGACUGCACGUUGAGCAGAAGAAUCCAGACCGCUGGCAUUACCUAGUUGUCAUGUGAGUGAUCUCAGCCAGUGCCAUUGAAAUGUACUCGCCUCACAACCCUGCCAGUGUGCCGGAUGCCAGAGGUGUCAAGCAGAAAAUAACAAAAAAAUUAGCAUCUUCACUGCGCGCUCUUCAGGUCCGUUAUGUAACCACCGAUGAUAUGAUCACCAGCGAUGACAAUGAUGCAAAUGGAUUGUGUGUUGCGCUUGAGGCCAUCUUUAUACAUGGACUAAAAGUAAAGUUCAUUAAAACUCAAACUGAGAGACGGAGGAACAAAGGGCGCCAUGUUCCAUUACCUCAACCAGCCUACUGGCCUCUGUUGAAAGCCAUCACUCACGGGAAUGUGAUCACACAGCUAGAAAGUGUAAGUUACAUUAACACGGAUGUGGGCCGCUGCCGUUCCUGGCUACGCCAAGCUCUUAAUGAGUGCCUGAUGGAAUGUUACUUCAUUACGCUACAGAGAGAAAAGUCUCGGCUUUUGGAAUAUUACCAGCCGUUUGCAUUGAUGCUGGAUGCAGAGGAUUGUGAUGUUGUGCUCAGCUACUUGCAAGGUCUGUCAUCCCUGACUUUCUCGCUGUCCUAUAAGUCUUCCAUUCUAAAUGAGUGGACAGCCUCCCCACUGUCAUUAUCAGGGCUGUGGCUGGAUGAUACGGAGCGUGUUAUACAGUAUGAGCCUUGCAGGAGGAAGUCCCUGGAUUCUGUGUCUCAGUCAUCUGGCUCUGAUGACACCAAUACCUCCAACUUUAGUGACACCAAAAGGAAGCUUGAGGAGUCUUCUCUUAGCCUGGACAUCAGCAGUUCAUCUUCACAGCUUUCCUCCAGCCCUGGUUCUGAUGAGCAGCCCCAGAAUAGGGGGUCAUCAGUCCCAAUUUUAUCUGAGAGCUCUGUGGUCUCCCCACCAGUUACAGACACAGCCAACACUGUGGAAUCCACUAAAUAUCAUGCAGGAGACGUGGAUGUUGGGAUUUCUCCUCCACCAGACACCACAGCUAGCAGUUCACGUCCCCACACACCCGUCAUGGAAGACCUGAAAUCUUAUAUAAAGUUUGUUGAUUUGGCAGAGGAACUUCCAACAGAUCCCGCUUAUCAAGCACCUGGAGAAUGUGUAGCAGCUCCCAAUGAACCAGCCUCUAACCUGAACUGUGCCCCUGACACACUGACCGCACAGACACAUACAGUACACAGCGUUUCCCACAGUGAAACAGCACGUACCCCAGAUGACUGUCCUGGUGCUGAGCUUCCAGUGAGUACCUGGUAUAAUAAAAGCAGAAGUUGGAUCUCUGAAGAAGAUUUCCAUAGACCAGAUUCCGCUAUCACUGUAGAUCAGGCACAGCCAGUACACCUCGUGCCCGCUCUGUCAUCUGAAUCAGCUACUGUCCACUCCCAGGCACUGAAGCAGCCUGCCAAAGCUUUUAAUGUUGUCCAUCGGCGGCAGAUAGGUCUGUCUAACCCUUUCCGAGGCCUGCUGAUGCUGGGAACUCUGGAACGUAAGCACACUUUAGGACUGUACAAGCCUUACUACUGUGAGCUGACCCCAUAUGAGUUCCGCCUGCAGGUGGAAGGGGAUGAGCAGAACGGUGCUGAGAGUUGCUCUUUGCUCCGCUGUGAGUCUGUGGGUCCCGCUCACAAUGAUGGCCGCUUUGAACUUCAGUUUCCUGGCAAAAGGUUGUAUCUGAGGGCGCCAUCUGGAGACGAGGCUCAGGAUUGGGUAGAUAGAAUACAGGAAGCUGUACAGAAGUUUCGACUGCAGAAUGAUGAAUCAUGGGAAAUUAUACAAUAUCCAGAUUCUCCAAAAGGGCAUGGGGAAAAUAACAAUUUGGCACAAUGUAAAGAACCCAGCAGCUCCAAUGGUAGCACAUACGUCUGUCAGGUUUUUGAUUGGGUCUCUGAUUUGGAAUUGGAGCCAGAUGCCUUGAAAGAGACUGUUCUGUACAUGAAGAUCCACAAAAAGUGGACAAGAUUCAUCUUCUCAUUAUCCGAAAGAGCACUGAAAUGUUUUCUACCCAAAAACUCUGAAAAAGCUCUCUACAACACGUACAGUGCCGAAUUGGUGAAAGACAUUCUGCCAGAUUCCAGUCUUGGCAGUCCUUGCUGCUUCCGGCUCGUGACCACCAAAGGCUCCUUGCAAUUGCAAGCAGAGAGCACAGAUGAAGCAAAAGCUUGGAGAGAACUUGUGCGUGCCGCAUACUUGGAAUCAGAAGAUUCUGCGCUAAUCCCAAUGGUUGGAGACUUCCAGAUAAAAUCACACGUGAAGGAACAUCUGCUCUUCAAAUACCUUCUUUAUAUUCCAACAGAACAUGGACUGGACAUGCAGAACGUAAAGUGUGCAGGCUGCCACCAGCAGCUUGGAUUCCAGUUUUGCAAAGCAAAGGUCUGUUCAUAUUCUGGCUUGUAUUAUUGUGGCCUUUGUCACCAAGAUGAAAUCUCCAUCAUUCCCUCAAGAAUAGUGCAUAACUGGGAUCUGACUGAACGAGUGGUAUCAAGACAAGCUUUAAACUUCCUGCAAAUGGUGCAAAACGAGCCAAUAUUUAACAUGAAGCGUUUGAAUGAGAGUCUCUAUCAGCACACGCAGACAAUGUAUGAGAUAAGCCAUAAACGGGAAAAGCUGCGACUGCUGGGUGAAUAUCUGAUGACCUGUCGCAGUGGAGCACUACGGGAGCUGAGCGCUAUGCUCGAUCAGCGAAAUUAUCUGUUGGAGUGCACUCACACAUACAGCGUUAGAGACCUAAAACAGAUCUCUGAUGGAGUGUUUGAAUCUCUCCUGCAAUCUGUGCUAGAGUUUGCCAGCAGCCAUGUCUUCCAGUGUGAUCUCUGCAGCCAGAAAGGGUUUGUCUGUCUGAUAUGUAAUUGUGAUGACAUUAUUUACCCCUUUCAGUUUGACACCACCACCAGAUGUGGCGACUGUAAAGCAGUCUUCCAUAGACCAUGCAAAAUAGCAAGCAGGCCAUGUCCACGAUGUCUCCAGAGGAAGAAGUGCCAGGAUCAGCGUGUGAAGAAAUGAACAACAGUUUACACUCUCCGCCAUAGUUUGCACAACCCCUUGUUUUGCAAUUUGCACACAAUCUCCCAUAAUGGCCAUCUUUGACUGAACUAUUUCCUGACAUUGAAGAAUCUCUGAUAAUUAUUAAUGUAUGUAGACUAUGUAUAUUUUGUACAUAUAUCCCACUGACUCACAGAGAUGCUUAACUGGAUGUAGUCCAUUGUACACAAGGUGUGUACGCUUUAAUCGCAAAAAGUGUGUGGUUCUCCAGACGGUAAGCUUUUAACUGACUGGCACGUAGUGUCUUGUUCUGCAAGAUCAUAUGAAGGGCUCAUUUUGGUACUAGCUGCCUGGAUCUUUCAUCUCCCUGUAUUUUACAAAUAUAUGUAUAUCUAGUCUUCCAUUAAUCAAACCAGUCAUUGCCAAGAAAUAAGCUUCCUCCCAGUCACCAUUCAAAGCCAUGGAGUGUCUGUUCACAGAGGAAUCUUCUCCUUUACACUAGUUUUGGAUAUGACAGUGAUUUUUAUUAUUAUUUUUGCUGCAAAAACAUUUCUAAAUUAAGGUAUUUUUGUACCUAAUCAUUCAGAGUGUUUCUACAUAGAGCUGAUAAUUGUAUUUUACCUGAUCUUGUGCCUUCUGUUCACUAACAAUGUUCAGCCUUUGUCCUCUGGGUAUCUUUAAACUAUAACUUCAUCACCAUCAUACCAUCAGCAAACACAAACUGUCUCACAGCAGGAGGCCUAAAUUGUUAAUGGACCUGGUGCAGACAAAGAAAGGAAAUGUUUAUGUAGGCAAUCAUGCAGGACCGAACUUACUCAUGCAGUCAUGAUUAUGCAUAGAACCAUUAUUUUACUUUUCUGUAACCGCUGUUAAAUUUAUAUUUAGCUAAACAUAAAUAAGUAGCACAGUCUGUACAACAGUUCACAUCAGUAUGCUUCUAAUCUAGUCAGCACUAUAGAAAUAUAUGCACCGUGCUCACUCUCCAUACCAGCAGGUUUCUGAUUGGGUGGCAGUGGUGCUGGUAUUCUGAAAUGGGUGCCAUAUAAAUAAUGUACAGAUGGAGCCAUGCUAAUCGUGGCUCCGUCUGUGGCGCCAGCCGCCACGUUGGGGUGGGGGUGGGGGGCGUCUGUGUGCUCCCGGUGUGACUGGGCGGACGGAUCGCCUAGUCACGCCGGGAGCGCUCGUAUGCGAUGGAGCCGCCUCAGAUGAGUGCGGCUCCGUCUGUAAACAUUGGAAUAUGCACUGUGGUAGCUGGUAAAAGUGGGUGUGAUAUGACUGCUCUGCAAUCAGUAGGUUGACACCAGAAGGUCAGCAGGGUCAUUAGGCCGCAUUUAGGUCGAUGCGUUCAAAGGGUCGACACUGACCAUGUUGACGUGCUUUUUUAGCAAAUUUUAGCCUAAACAUUAAAAAUCAUCAAAAAAACACAUGUUGACAUUUUUGUGUUGACGUGGUCAAUGCCGACCUUUUGAAUGUCGCCCCGUUGACCUAAAUGCAUGUCGACAUGUACUGUACACUGUCGAUCAAAUGAUCCUGACAUAGUAGUGCCUGUUGACCUGAUUGUUGGCCAAGUUGACCAGUCAUCCAGCUGCCGGUAAAGGUGGCGUACAGAGGAUGCACAGUGUUUGUAAAGGAAUACAUCAGCCACUGCUGGCAUGAUUGUGGCCCUGGGGCUGGAAAGGUUUUUUUUUUUAUACAUUUAUUUCCCUGGGAUAUGUAGUUCCUUACUGCUGCCCCAUUUAUUUAUAGAUAAUACUUUGUAAUGGUUUCUCCUGACUGAGCACUGCUGCAAACUGGGAAAUCUGGAAACUGAUGCUGUUUAUUCCUCAAAUAACAAUGUAAAUCAAUGUAUGUGCCAAAUGUUUACUAAUGUUUUCUGUAUUCUAUUUUAUUAUACUGUUAAUAAUUAUGUUUAUUUUAGCUCUUGUUUUAUUUGUUCUUGCAAUAAAUGAGAUUUUAAAUCUUC